AUGCGUGAGUAUAAGCGAGUUGUUCUUGGCUCAGGAGGAGCUGGAAAAUCUGCUCUGACUGUACAAUUUGUUCAAGGAAUUUUUGUUGAAAAAUAUGAUCCUAUGAUAGAAGAGUCUUAUAGAAAGGAACAAUUUACAGCAAUGAGGGAUUUGUACGUGAAAAACGGACAAGGCUUUGCGUUAGUUUAUUCCAUCACAGCACAGUCCGUAUUUAACGAUUUACAAGAUCUGAGAGAACAGAUUCUUAGAGUUAAAGACACUGAUGAUGCUCCAAUGAUUCUGGUUGGUAAUAAGUAUGACUUGGAAGAAGAAAGAGUUCUAGGAAAGGAACAAGGUCAAAAUUUAGCAAGACAAUGGAACAACUGUGCAUUCUUAGAAUCCUCUGUCAUAUCAAAAAUAAAUGUUAAUGAGAUCUUUCAUGACCUAGUGUGGCAAAUUAACAGAAAAACUCCAGUGCCUGGGAAGGCCCGUAAAAAGUUGUCAUGUCAGCUGCUUUAAGAUACUAAAUGCAUUGUAGCUCUGAGCCAGGUCUGAAGAACUGUUGCCCAAUUCAACAGUGCCAGCAUUCCAACUUUGUUAAACCUACCAACAUCUUAAACGGACUUUCUGUGGUGGUACCCUUUAAGGAGCAAAUGAAAGCUACUACAUCAGUUUGCACAUUCUAAUCACUUUCCAGUAUCACAAGAGAGAUUUUUACUUAUAUAAUAGCCCUAGAGUA